AUGACACCAAAUCUGCCCGGAGAAAAAAAGCCCGAAGAGCCGGUUCCAAUCGACGAGAGCAAGCUACCGGGGGUGGAUAUGCUGCCUUCGGUAAUAUCUGGGAACCCAUACUUCACGGCCGGUGGAGGCCUCAUGGUGCUUGGAGGCUCCUUGGCUCUUCUUCGCAAGUCUGUGGGCUCUUUGGCCAGCUUAGCAUACCGGCGAAUGCUUGUGGAUCUGGAGUUACGAAGUACAGAUAAAUCGUACGAUUGGUUUCUUCAUUGGAUGUCGAACUAUAAACACAGAUCUUCUAGACAUUUAAGCGUUCAGACGAAAUACGUCCAGCAUCCCAACGGCUCGAUCUCCACGGGUUUUUCCUUUGUUCCUGGCCCAGGAAAUCAUUGGCUAAAAUAUGACGGAGCCUGGUUCUAUGUGAAGCGCGAGCGUUCGGAAAGAUUGCAUAAUUCCGGUGUACCAACAGAGACUAUCACAUUGACGACAUUGUACAAAGACAAAUACUUGCUGGCAUCGAUCCUGGACGAGGCAAGGGCGAUGGCAAUGAAAAUGGCAGAAGGGAAGACGGUUCUAUUCAAGUCAUGGGGACAGGAUUGGAGACCUUUUGGACAACCACGAAAAAAGAGAGUGAUGGACUCGGUGGUUCUUGAUUAUGGUGUUAAAGAGGCUAUCAUUAAAGAUGUGAAAGAGUUUCUUCAGUCGGGAAAGUGGUAUCAUGAUAGAGGAAUUCCUUAUAGAAGAGGAUAUCUGCUUUACGGACCACCAGGAUCCGGAAAAACCAGCUUCAUCCAAGCUCUUGCCGGCGAGCUUGAUUAUAAUAUUGCGAUAUUGAACAUUAGUGAGCCCAAUUUGACCGAUGAUAGGCUGGCAUAUUUGAUGAACAAUAUUCCAGAACGAACCAUAUUACUGUUGGAGGAUAUUGAUGCUGCUUUCAAUAAACGUGAGCAAAAUAGAGAACAAGGAUACGUUGCUGGGGUGACUUUCAGUGGCCUAUUGAAUGCUCUAGAUGGAGUUGCUUCUGCUGACGAGAUCCUUACUUUCAUGACUACCAACCACCCGCAAAAAUUGGACCCUGCUUUGUUGAGACCGGGAAGAAUUGAUUACAAAGUGCUGAUCGACAACGCAACAAACUAUCAGAUCCAGCAAAUGUUCCUGCGGUUCUAUCCUGGAGAAGAUGAGAAAGCCGAUAUUUUCAUGAAAAAGUACAAUGAGCUCAAGUUGCCUUACAUCAGUACGGCACAAUUGCAGGGAUUAUUCGUGCAGUUCAAAGAAAGUCCGGAUGCUGCUAUCGAUAAUAUCGAGGUGCUGAAACAGCCCCACCUCAACAAUUUCUUUUAUGAAUGA